UAUAUUUUUAGAUCUAAAAGAAUAUACCAAUCGAAUCAAAGAAUUCACUAACUACGAUUGUUACCAAUCUGGAUUAACCUUGUCGUGUAAACGUAGUCUAUGUGCAAAAGCCGUUACUACACUUUGGCGUUGCCGCGUUCUGUCUGAAAUAUUUGAGUGUAUAUAGCAGUCAUAAUUGGCAUGGCUGGGAUCUUCAAGAGUGGAAUAGCGCGGAGAAGUGAUUGUUUGGUUGCUUUUAUGGUAGUGGGACCAACACAUUUGUGUCAAAAAAUAUCAAACAGUUUACAUCAGAGUGCAAAAGAAAAGAAAUGGGAUAUAUCUGUACAUCAAUGUGAAUCUAUUUCAGAUGUUAUAAAAGCAAAAAUAGAUAUUUCUGUAGAUUAUAUAAUUUUUGCUUUUGAUUCAAGGGUUUCGCAUACCUUAUCAGAGGUAGAGGCCAAUAUAACUGUAAUAGAUGAAUAUUAUAUAAUCUCUGGUGUAACUUGCCUAGUAAAUUCUAAUGGAAUAUCUAAUAUUGGACUAGUCCACAAAGCAAAGGAACUUUGUCACAAGUAUAACAUUCGUUUUUUAUCGGCAAAAAUUUUUGAUGUGAAAGCGUGUACUAACUUAGGAGAUAGGAUUUUGAAUAUAACUGAAAAUCUAUUAGGAUUAAGUAGUGGUAUACCAGUUAUUGGAAGAAUGAUGCAUAACUAAG